AAACUCCUCAGACCUGGAUGAGAAUGAGCAAAAACUUCUUUAUUGCAGUCAGUCAAUCAUCCAUUCCAUUGAACUCAAGGCAAACAAAAAUCACUAAGUCAAAAAAGAACAAAUGAAAAACCCAAAAGAGCAUUCACAGGUAACCUAAAAUAACUCCUUUGCAAAACAAAGUAUCAAAAGAAUAAAAGAGCUGCAGCAUCAAGAGAUGGCCUAGCCGUCCAAACGAGCUACUCUCCUCACGAAAAGAACUGUCCUCUCCAGUGAGAUUUCACCUCAAUAUAUACCCUGGCGCCUCUAGGCGCCUCCUCUUGUAAUCUGCAUACUCUCUGGCAAUUUCCCAUUAUUUCUCAAAGUUGUCUCUGAAGCCCCACCUGGUCAUUUACAUGCUUCUUCUGAAAUCCCCUUAUUUCCCCGAAAUUACCUCAUACGCCUCCUUAGUGACCUAAUAUCCUGUUUUUUUGAAUUCCCCUUAUUUCCCAGAAUCAUCAGCUGAUGCUUACUCAUACGCCCAUGUAUGGGUUUUCCUCUUUUCUUAGUUUCCUAUUAUUUUCGGCCUUUUUCGUCACUGUUAUUAAAAAAUAUGCUCAAGAGAGCUCUGCUUCCUAGUUGGUAUCACAUUUGUCGUUCAGCCUUUCACGACGGACGCUUCGUGGAUUACUCCUCUGUUUCAGCUACAAUGAGUUCUCAACCUCAGGGUCAGCCAAUUCGUCCUGGUCACACCAUCUGGAUUUCUCGGUCUACUCCCUAUAGGAGGCCAAUUCCUGCUGAAGUGUUAACCACUUUCCGUCACUAUCACCUGAGUCAUCUGUCUCAUGAGCUUUGCUCCUUCCUGGAACGACUGUGUUCUCCUACACUUCCUGAGCAACCUCUCACGCCUUUUCACAUUGUGCAAACGCCUAUGACUCGGUCUUUCUCGACUCAGACACUCCUGCUUCCUGUCCUGGUGGACCAAAGGACACAAACAGAUGGUUGUCCUCAUGCUGAACCUUGCUGCCCUGGGCUGACCUCUCCUGCCUCCCCUCCUCGUGUCUCAUCUCCUCCUUUCGCCUAUAUACGCCCUCUCUCUCCUACUUGGGCCUCUUCCCCUUCUAAUUCUGAACCUGGUUCCCCAGGCUUUGUCCCUUCUUCUCCCUCUCCUAGGCCUGGAUCUCCAGACUACACUCCUACUUCCCCCAGGCCUGAUAGCUCUGGGUCUCACUAUUAUUAUUAA